AUGUAUGGAAACGCGAUUGACUACUCAAUGACUUGGAUGAAUAUGACAACCGGUUGUCCGCCACAAUCUGAAGUCAAUUGCAGGAAACUGCGCCUGCGACAGUCCAGUAACUCGGGCACGCAGUCCGAUGGAAUCUAUCGGUACCCAGAGUGGCAAGUAGAAGGGAAUGAAGACAUCUAA